AGGAGGGGGAGAGUCGCUCCCGUCCGGCGAGCAUGGGGCGCCUGGCGCCGAGGCCGCUGCUGCUGGCGCUCCUGGCGCUGGCUCUUUGUCGAGGGCGUGUGGUGAGAGUCCCUACAGGGAGCCUUGUCCGGGUGGUGGGAACUGAACUAGUCAUCCCCUGCAAUGUCAGCGACUAUGAUGGCCCCAGCGAGCAGAACUUUGACUGGAGCUUCUCGUCCUUGGGGAGCAGCUUCGUGGAGCUCGCGAGCACCUGGGAGGCGGGCUUCCCAGCCCAGCUGUACCGGGAGCGGCUGCAGAGGGGUGAGAUCCUGUUGAGGCGGACAGCCAAUGAUGCCGUGGAGCUCCACAUAAGGAAUGUCCAGCCCUCAGAUGAAGGCCGCUACAAGUGUUCAACUCCCAGCACAGAUGCCACCGUCCAGGGCAACUAUGAGGACACAGUCCAGGUUAAAGUGUUGGCUGACGCUCUGCACGUGAGCGCCAGCCCGCAGCCCUCCCCAGCCCUGAGCCUGCGGGAGGGCGAGCCCUUUGAGCUACGCUGUGCAGCCUCCACCGCCUCGCAGCUGCACACGCACCUCUCGGUGCUGUGGGAGGUGCACCGCGCCUCCGCCCGGCGGAGUAUCCUUGCCCUGACCCAUGAGAGGAGGUUCCGGCCUGGCCUGGGGUUCGAGCAGCGCUACAAUAGCGGAGACGUGCGCCUGGACACGGUGGGGAGUGAUGUUUACCGCCUCUCUGUAUCCCGGGCUGUGUCUGCAGACCAGGGUUUGUACAAGUGUGUUGUCAGUGAGUGGAUCGGAGAGCAGAGUACCUGGCAAGAAAUUCAAGAAAAAACAGUAGAUGUCGCCACUGUGGUGAUCCAGCCAACAGUUCUAAGAAUAGCCGUAGCCAGGAACAUGUCUGUGGCUGAAGGAAAGGAACUGGACCUGUCCUGCAACAUCACAACAGACCGAAUGGAUGACAUCCGGCCCGAGGUGACGUGGUACUUCAGCAGGACACCAGACAGCACUUUGCCUGGCUCCCACGUGUUGGCACGAAUGGACCGUGGUUCCCUGGUGCACAGCUCUCCUCACAUUGCUUUGAGUCACGUGGAUGCACGCUUCUACCAUUUACUGGUCCGGGAUGUUAGCAAAGAAAACUCCGGCUAUUAUUUCUGCCACGUGGCACUCUGGGUACCCGGACACAACAGGAGCUGGCACAAGGUGGCUGAGGCCAUGUCUGCCCCUGCUGGUGUGGAUGUGACCUGGCUAGAGCCAGACUAUCAGGUGUAUCUGAAUGCUUCCAAGGUCCCUGCAUUUUCAGAUGACCCCACAGAGCUAGAAUGCCGGAUUGUGGACAUGAAGCACUCGGAGGCGAAUGUCCAUUUCACGGUCUCUUGGUACUUCAGGAUGAACCUGCGCAGCAACGAUGUGGUCACCAGCGAGCUUCUCGCGGUCAUGAACGGGGACUGGACGCUGAAGUAUGGAGAGAGGAGCAAGCAGCGGGCCCAGAACGGAGAGUUAAUUUUUUCUAAGGAGCAUACAGACACGUUCAGUUUCCGAAUCCAAAGGACUACAGAGGAAGACAGAGGCAAUUAUUACUGUGUUGUGUCUGCCUGGACCAAACAUCGGAAUAACAGCUGGGUAAAAAGCAAGGAUGUUCUCUCCAAACCUGUCAACAUUUUCUGGGCAUCAGAAGACUCUGUGCUCGUGGUGAAGGCAAGGCAGCCAAAGCCUUUCUUUGCUGCAGGAAAUACAUUUGAGAUGACUUGCAAAGUGUCUUCCAAGAAUAUUAAGUCGCCACGCUACUCUGUUCUCAUCACUGCUGAGAAGCCCAUGGGGGACCUCUCCAGCCCUAAUGAAACCAAGUACAUCAUCUCCCUGGACCAGGAUUCUGUGGUAAAGCUGGAAAAUUGGACAGAUGCUUCGCGGGUGGAUGGCGUCGUGCUAGAGAAAGUGCAGGAAGAUGAGUUUCGCUAUCGAAUGUACCAGACUCAGGUGUCAGAUGCAGGGCUGUACCGCUGCGUGGUGACAGCCUGGUCUCCUGUUGGGGGCAGCUUGUGGCGAGAAGCAGCAACCAGUCUCUCGAAUCCUAUUGAAAUAGACUUCCAAACCUCAGGUCCUGUAUUUAAUGCCUCUGUGCAUUCGGCCACACCAUCGGUCAUCCGGGGAGAUCUGAUCAAACUGUUCUGUAUCAUCACCACUGAAGGAGCAGCACUGGAUCCAGAUGACAUGGCCUUUGAUGUGUCCUGGUUUGUGGUGCACUCCUUCGUCCUGGACAAGGCUCCUGUUUUCCUGUCUUCCCUGGACCGGAAGGGGAUUGUGAACACUGCUGAGAGGGACUGGAAGAGCGACCUCAGCCUGGAGCGGGUGGGUGUGCUGGAAUUCCUGCUGCAAGUGCAUGGCUCUGAGGACCAAGACUUUGGCAACUACUAUUGUUCCGUGACUCCAUGGGUGAAGUCACCAACAGGUUCCUGGCAGAAGGAGGCAGAGAUUCACUCCAAGCCCAUCUUUAUAACUGUGAAGAUGGAUGUGUUGAACGCCUUCAAGUACCCCCUGCUGAUCGGCAUCGGUCUGUCCACUAUCAUCGGGCUCCUGUCUUGCCUCAUCGGCUACUGCAGCUCCCACUGGUGUUGUAAGAAGGAGGUCCAGGAGACGAGGCGCGAGCGCCGCCGUCUCAUGUCAAUGGAGAUGGACUAGGCUGGCGCCUGCGAACGGGAAUAAGCAAGGGACGGGACGUUCUAGGAGCAAUUUGGGCGAGAAGAGGACAGUGAUAUUUUAAAGUGAAGUGUGUUACAUUCAAAACCAGUCCUCUCUAAUCUCAGGUGGGACUUGGCGCUCUCUCUUUUCUGCAUGUCAAGUACUGAGCGCGGACAUGUUUACCAGCACACAGCUCUUCUUCCCACGGCACUUUCUUAUAUAACAGUUGAGUGUGUGUUUUCCCAGCUGCGGCUUUUUAAUGGUUAACCUUUGUCUAAUUUUUUUCUCCUACUGGUUUAUAGAUCCUCUGACUUCUGCGUGUUUAUAUCUUUGUGUUGCGAGGGGUUGUGGUGAGGGAGGGGUGACGGCAUUCAGAGUUCUUGGUCUGGAGUGAGAACUGGGGACGCCACCUGCUCAGAGAGAGCUGCUAGAUGCGACCCUCUACCUGGGCUUAGAGACAACCCAGACCUACGUUGAAAGCUAGUUUGUGGCUUAUACAACCCUGCCCCGCCCCUAUUUUCAGGGGUUUAGACUAUAUUUGAAAUCUAAACAUGCAGUAUGUAACUUCUUAUUGAGCCCAAAUGCAUUUACUUUGCUCCUCUGCCCCCUUCCUGUUUCUUUUGUAUUUGUUUUAUGCGAGAGUGCUGAAAUGGCGGCCCUGGAAUCUAGAAUCUGGCUCUCCACCGAGCACCUUAUCUUGCCACCUUAGCCUUAAGAAUGAAUACGAAGAAAAAUACACAGCCACCUCUGUCCAGGGUAGUGAGAAGUUCUGCAAGGAGGAGGAGGUUGGGGACCAGGAAAGGAACAGACAUUCACUCCCAUAGUUCUGAGGUUCCUGUGCCUCAGGGGCCCCCAGGGAACGCAGAAGAGGGAUCCUGGGAAGUUAGAUUUUUGCAGCUCAUGCAGUGGUGUUGGGGGCAUGUUAGGGUGAAGAUACCAACCAACUCCGUUCCCCUCUUCUGCCCUUUCUGGGAGGCAAAGACAUAGAUCAUCAAGGGACUUCCAGGAGCUCCCACAGAUACCCACCGUCCUUUCUGUGCUGCUUGGGCUCCUUAACAUGAAGGCAAAUUGCUGCUUGCAAGACUGACUUUAAGGAAUCAGAAAUUGCAUAGAAGAACCACACAUUUCCUAUGACCUUUUCAGUCCUUCAAGUCUUUUUAAGACACCCUGCAGGGGAUUAGUGAGAAAGGGUGUAUUUUGUGAUAUGUUGGCUUUCCUAUUAGGAACAUGAAUGAAACCUAGCAGUUUAUUGUCAUAUGAACAGCCUACAAAGUCAGUUUGAGAGCAAUAUGUUCUACCCGACUGCUCCUAUCAGGGAUAGGACAGUGAGCAGAAGGAGCUCUUACAUGUCCCCGGCUUUAAAAGUGGUCCCCCUGCACAGCGCUGGCUUUUGGGAAGCAUCCCAGUGGGGUUUUCUGAGACUCGCUGGUGACUCGUGCCCUACAUUUCAGUCCUCUGUGCUUUGAUCCUGGCUGUGAAGGAUCUAACACUGCUCUGUCUUCCAAAGGGGAAAAAGAUUCGUUGGUUAUGAGCAAUAAAAUAAUGCAAAAUGAUGGCCAUUCACAUGCGGCUCUUUGUCACAUUGGCCACAUGAGCCUCACUCCCCUGGUUCACCAUCCUCCCCUCUGCUCUCCUCACUCUGCUGCCCACAGUCAGUUCUGCACGUAUCACCGAGUCACCUUUGUAAGGCAGAUUGCCGCUGAGUUUUCUCUUUUGGUGUUGCCCACUGUGGCGACCACUCACGUAGAAAUUCUAGAUUCUGUGCUAACAAUAGCAGUGCCAGUGAAUUCCAGGUCCGGAGUCUGUGAUGGGGAAAUGGGCAGCAGAUGUGCCUCACCAGAGGGAGAGUGAGUAGAGGAAGAGGAGGAGGUAGGUCCUAGUAGUACUGGAUUUUGAUAUUUCCCACACAUCAUUUCCUGACUGCUAAUUCAGAGGAGAUGGGUCACAGAUUAUUGCACAAAUGGGAGUUAAAGUGAGAACAAACGUAAACAAGUGCUGGCUUAGUAACAACCAGUGCAUCUUAUUAAAAGAAGAUUCAGGAUCGUUGUGGUGCAGGCCCUUUAUAGCAGAAGAAAACGGUACUUAGCUUUGGACAGGACCAGGUGGCCCCAACUGUAGGUAACACCAUGGACUGGGUUAUACCAGACAUUCGGUGGUGGUAAAAGUGAUGUGCUCACAUGGUGUACCUUUUCCUUUUAAACUGAUACUGCAGUUCAGAGCUGGAAUUAGGGCAGUGAUCCCCACCCCAACCCACUCCCCAUCCCACUGUAGGUCCACUGGGCCGAGCAAACUGCCAGUCACCUGGAGAUAGGGAGAGAUAUCCCAGGGCGUUGCACCCAGAGUCUGGUUCUUUACAGGGAAAUCAAUUUGCCUGGAAUGUGUGUCUUUUUAAACUGUGAGAUACACCCUUUUGCUGUACCAAAUAGGGAUCCCCACAGUGCUCUUCUGGAUGGUCAUUGUGCCAGAAGCACUGGUGGGAAGGAAAGAAGGGCCCCGCCAUGAUUCACCUGGAUGAAAUUGCACUUCUUAGCAAAACAAAAAUAAACAUUUGGGUUUUUUUUUCCCCCCAAACAUAAAAAUCAUCCCCAGAAAGAGCCUAAGCUAUGUUCACGUAGAAGCCUCAAAAUUACUUUAAAUUGUUUACUUUAUGAUGUUUACAUACACUUCACUUUUCUAAAAAAAAGGAAAAUGUAAACUGCCUUUUUUUUUAAACGACUUUUCAGAUUUUUUUGUAGGAUGGUGGGACUCUGACUCACCAACUGGAUUUAAAUCUUAAUUUAGAAGCUUAUUGAAAUACGUGUGCUUUUCUCCCUCCUCCCCACCCGCUUUUUCUAUAAUCCUGGUCAAGGAGGCCCCCUGCCCAGACCCCUGUCUGUUUUCCUUUGUGGCUCUUGCUUCUUGCUUUGCAGACUGCCUGCAGCCAUGAUUUCUGUCACUGACAUCUGUGAGCCAAAGACUGAGCCUUUCUGGCAAGGAUACUAAGCAAUACUCCACAACUUGCUACUUUCAGAAAAUUUUUUUUUUAAGCUUCACUGAUGACAACAGAGGAAGAAGGGAACUAGGAUUUGGGUAAGUUCUCCUCCACUGUUUGACCAAAUUCUCAGAAAUGAAUAUGGCGUGCAGAUCACUAGGAGAAAAAAAGUUGACUUUCUUCCUUUUUUAGCGUGGCACAUACGGAUCUGCAGAAUUUUACGUAGACAAAAGAAAAGGUCUUGUGUAUUUUUGUCUAUAGCCAAUGUUAUAUGAACUAAUUGUAUUGUUUUAUACUGUGACCACGAAUAUUAUGCAAUGCACCAUUUGUUUUUUAUUUCAUUAAAGGAAGUUUAAUUUAAAUUUCAUGAGGGUCAGUGGCUGAAUUUUGGUUGCAGCUUAAGCACCUUCUGAUCUCUCUGAAUCCAGUAAAACCACUAAAGAUAAGAGAAGAAAUGAAUUUAAUGGGGAUCGAGGUUAAGAUUCCCACCAAACAGAAAGAUGAGGUCUAGGAUCCUGUUGCUUCUGGAAGGUGUUGCAUUCUUUUGCUGAAUUCUCAUGACCUUAU